GGCCGUUACUUUAUUGCGGAGACGUGGACAACCAGUCGAUACGCUUUUUUAUACCUCCUUCAAGAUUCAAGACCCUUACACGGUUAUCGAUUAUGUACACGAUGAAGGCGAAUGUAACGACUUGUAUUAUCAAUAAAUAAGGCACUAACAUUCAGUAUACCAAAUAAACUAGGUUCAUCUUUGAAACAAUGCACUACUCAAUUUAUACACACUAAUAUUGGUACUUUGAUUUUCGUUCAGUUUUUAUCCACGUGCUUAAAGAACCUUUCCAGAUGUACUUUAAUUUAGUUAUGAUUUUUUUAAUUAGUAUGCCACUAGAUAGGUAUCAUCCGAGAAACUGACACCUGUCAGCAACAUACCGAAUUUGAUUUUUAAUUAGGUGCACCCAGUACUUAAGACUCGACGGUGUGGUCAUUAGUUUUGUACAUCAUCGGAGACCCGUGUGCCGCUUUAAAAAAUAUAACACGUGCGUUUAUGAUUAUAGUUAGUAAUAUUAAACACACAAUCGCCGACAACGUUCGAUUAAAGACGUCAUGCGGCGGCAACAUUAAAAUCAACCUACACAUUAAAAAUCUCAACAGUUGUGCCACAGUUAUGAGAUCUUUGUCUUAGGUCCAGUCGAUAGCAGAGGAUGUAAUCGUUUAAUAUCAAAUCGACUUAGUAACUGUAGAACUAGUAACUUGGAUUUUCAUAUUUAUACUUUGUUGAAUUUAAAAAAAUGUUUAUUUAUUGUUAAAGUUUUGCACGCUCUUACGCUUUCAUAAUACGAUUAAAAGUUAUCUUCUAAUACUUGAACACGACUUUGGAUACGAAUCAAAACCGGUAUACUUGAAAAAACAGUUACCGAUCGAAACUCAGAUAAUGGCCACAGAUGCUACAGACAGUUCACGAUUAGGGUUGAAUCUCAAUUUAAGUAUGACUCAGCCCCAUGCUUAUCACUGGCUUCAGUCCCCCAAAGUAGGAGGUUCUGAUGAUGAUGAUAACGAUGAAGAUGACCGUAGGAAAGAGGAUGAUGACUGUUCUCCAGAAGAUGAUCCAGAAAUUCUAGAAAUGCAGCGUGAAGAACGUGAAACUCUUAAUCAACUGGCCAGACGUUUAGCGACUGCACCACCUAGUCUUAUGCUUCAACAUCUGGUGUACCCAAGACUUCCUGGUGGCGUCGCAAUGUCAAUGGCGCCAAAUAUCGCAAACGUCUCUUCUACUAGAGGACCAUCUGAGACCAUAUCUCCGCUAGGAUCGAGCAGAUCCAGCUUGACACCACCAGGUCAAGACUACAACUCAGAAAAUGGAUCUUCUAGAAAAGGAGAAGCACAAUCGUGGACUUUUGAAGAGCAAUUCAGACAGCUGUACACUGCAGGCAAUGAAACGGACAGACGGAGUUUCCUGGAUUCGCUAUUCAGCUUUAUGCAGGAACAAGGUACUCCAAUCAGUCGACUUCCAAUCAUGGCCAAACGUGUGUUGGAUUUGUAUACAUUGUACAAAUUAGUUGUCCAAAGAGGUGGCAUUGUAGCAGUCAUUACCAAGAAAUUGUGGCAGGAAAUUAUCAGAGGAUUAGGACUACCACCGUCCAUAACUAGUGCAGCCUUUACUCUACGUACUCAGUAUGUCAAGUAUUUGUACGCUUACGAAUCCAGGAUGAAUCAAUUCAGCUCUUUAGAAGAACUGAAUAUGGCGAUCGCUGGUAACAGACGUGAGGGAAGACGAAACAAAUCUUUACUGUCUGAGUACUUGCCCCAAAUGGCUGGUGGCCACCACUUGUCCGAUCAUCCGCUGUCCGCGUCCCCAACACCGCUGGUUCAUCAACACCAUCAACAGCAACAAUUACAUUACGCCAAUGUCAUGGCUGCUGAAGAUAGAUUUCGACAUUUAGCAGCAGCUAUCAUGGACACCAGACAACGAGCAGCCGUUGCAGAACAAACUAGACAACCACAUUCGUCAAGCGGAGUUGCCAGUCCUUUGGCUGCUUCAGUUGCCGAACAAUCUUUCAACGGUCAUCAAAAUUAUCUUCCAGUAUCCCCAAACAUUGCUCAUAGGAUAUCUGGUGACCAAUCAACCAAACAAAGAGAACUACUAAGUAUGCUCAUGUGGAUGGAUUUAAUGAGAGCAAAUCAAACUGCUGGAAUGUCCAAACUGCCUAUGCCCAAUAUUCCACCUACAAGUCCACCUUCAAAUGCUUAUGCAGCAAUGAACCUGACACACACAGCUGCGGCAGGUCUGCAGUUCAAGACCAGUCCUGUGCCGGAACAAUGCGAAGCAUUAAACUUAGGGAAAAAACGUCCGGCAAACAACAAUAAUGCCGGAGAAGAUAGUGAAAAUGAUCAUUCGUUCAAUAAGCGAAUUAAAUACGAAGGAUUGACGUCACCAGCGCCCGAAAAAAUUAUCGGUCGAGGAUCGGAUGACGAAGAAGACCACAGAUCCAAAACAACUAGUCCGGUAAUAAAUAAACGACCUAUACCUUCACCAGAACGCCAAGACUACGAAGAAAUUGUAGAAAUGGACAUUAAAGUAUCGUCGGGUUUAUCAUCUAAUGGUCUCACAAUAAACGUAAGUCGAAAAACCAAAGGUGGUGUUUAUAUUGGACAGUUGGCUAAGUCAGAAACAGCUCUAAAUGGAAGAGUUGACAGUCCUUUUUUAUUGCGUUUAAACGGUGAACUCUACACUGGACACCUUCAACUCCGCCAAAAUAAUCAACGAGGUCAUUACGAUAGAAUAAGUUAAAUUAGAUUGCAGUAGACACAUGUAGUAUACACUAGACAUUGAAUUCUAGAUUAAUUGUAAUGUACAUUUUGUCUCGAGUGUUUUUUUCAGUAAACUAUAAAACUCAGAAAUACUGUUUACUGAAAUCAAUUAUACUUUUUUCUACUUAUAAGAUAAUUUUUUCAAUUUUUUAAGAUUUUAAGAUUAAACCGUUAGACGGUCAUAAAUAAUUUCGCGUUAUUGUAAAAAGUAACAUUAAUUUGUAUUAAUAAAAUAAGCUUUUAUAUAAAUAUCUAAUGUAAAUAUUUUAUACUAUGACAUUGUAUAUAUUUUUAAUGCACAUGAAUUGUUUUCAUUAAUUAAAUAAUUAUUUGUGUAGGUGUUUUAAAAAAUGAUUGGAAAUUUUUUAUUUUUGUAUAACAACCCAUUCAAAAUUGUUUUUUUUUUUAAAUAUUAUUAAAGCUAUGUAUUGAAUAUAAAUUGUUAGGGCUGUGCAUUCUUCAUGUAUAGAUCUCAUUCUCAUAAAAUACGAGAAGUCUUCAUGUGGACUACUUUUAGUUCAAUACAUAAUGAACACUUUUAUGGUGAUUACUGAUUUUCUUUAUUAUAAAUUUUAGUUGUACAACAAAAUUUAUCUAUAAUAUUGUACAUUUUAAUAUUAGAAGUAGCGUUUACAUAUUUAUAUCGAUUAUUGACUUGUGUUGUAUAAUAGGAUAUUUUUAAUUUACUGUACAUAUUAUAAUAAACGAUAAAAGUAUAUUACACUUA